AUGGACACUAGUGGGGGACCAAGCAUGCGGGACAUAUCUCAGAGAGUGUGUGCCGGUGAAGACAAAAACGUAAGUAAGGAGAAAGCAACCGAAGAACUCGUGGGGAAAAAAGACAAGAGUGACAAGAGUGACGAGAAUGACAAGAGUGACAAGAAGGACAAGAAGGACAAGAAGGACAAGAAGGACAAGAAGAACAAGAAGGAGAAACAUGCUCCACCGCCUGGAGCGGUAUUGAUCACCGAUUUGUCUUCUGAAGGAGUCCUUAUGGGCGUGGACGGUGCCGAAGAUGGCGAAAUCAUGUCGAUUCCAAUCACUCCCAAGUUCAGAGUCGUUCCACCUCUAAACUUCUGUCCGGUAGAGAAAAACCUAUACCGAUCAGGACAGCCGUCGGCGUUGAACCACUCGUUUCUUCAACAGUUGAAUCUAAAGUCCAUCGUGUGGUUGGCCGUUGAGGACCCUCAGGACAGUUUCCUCAAAUUUAUUGACGAAAACAACAUUAAUUUCUUUUACAAUCUUGGUUAUGACUCAAUAGGUUCCAACUCGUGGGACGGCUUGAGUGAAAACAGCAUCAAACAGGCCUUGGAGAUCAUUGCUGACAAGAGGAACCACCCCUUGCUUAUCUGUUGUGGAAUGGGUAGACACAGAACCGGGACUGUUGUGGGAUGUUUACGUAAACUUCAGGGAUGGAAUUUGGCAAGUAUAAGUGAGGAGUAUAGGAGGUUUACCGGUGUUAAGGGGGGGAGAAUCUUGGUAGAGUUGCUCAUCGAGGCGUUUGAUGUCAAUACAGUCCACAUAAAUCCCCAGGUUGCUCCAGAUUGGCUUUUGCGAUAG